AUGCACGAGCUCCUCCUGUUCGCCUCGGUCCCCGUCCAUCAGCAUCAUGGGCUCCUCCAGCAGCUGGCCGGGCUGACGGCCAUGCAGCCUCGCCAUGCUCUUGAGCGUCGGCUGAUUUUCAAGGCCUUUCGCAAGCCUGGCCUCAUCACCGGCCGUGUGGGCGGCAGCCAAGAUCUGCAGCAGGCCAGCGCGGGCGACCUGCAACGCGUGAACAAGAUGCUCAAUGGUGGCAUGUUCUAUACGCAGGUUGUCGGUCCCGUCUCGGAGAAAGAUUUUGCACCUGCAUCUAAGUCCGCGUCAGCGCCGGACGCCGAUACUAAGAUGGCGGGGAUGGACGAGUCCAAACCGUCCGUCCUGACCCAGCCUGACAAUGCUCAUGUCUAUGAUUACGACCAACAGGCAUGGAAACUCGAAUUCCGGGAUAUUCCUGAAGCAGCCACCCGGUCGGCCAUUACCACUCGGGUCAUGGCCAGCGCUGCUCUGCCGCGCGGAGACAUCGAGCCAUCCAUGAAUGCGUGGGGCUAUGGCUUUGUGACCGAGUAUUUGGUCGAGGGGGAUGUCUUUAUCCAUAAUGAUAUUGUCAUCUUUUUGCACCGCGUGUUGCACUAUCCCACCGGUGAAAAAGAGCCCCGGGAGCCCAGGCGGAAUCUUCCUGCCUUGAAGAAAAUGGCUCCAUUGGAGAAGACUGGCAGCUAUGUCCUACAAGCAUCUAUCACCGUCCAAGACGGCAGCAAUCAGGAGACCAUGAAGACGGCCUCCCAGCAUUUGCUUGGGCUGCGGGAACAGCUCAAGUCAGCAGUCCGUUUGGAACCGGCAGAUCGGCUGUCGCUGGAUACACGAGCAAAGUAG